AUGAAAACAAGUGAUAUUGCCAUAAACACAAAUGAUUCAGCUAUGUUAAUUCUUACAUACGGAGAUAAUAUAACUGAAACCAAACUUUUUACAGAUGUUGACGAAGUCAUUCCAACAAAACCUAACUUGGAGGACUUUUGGAAUAUUGAGAGUCUUGGGAUUACAGAUACAUAUGACAAACCAGACGAUCAGGCAGCUAUGACACAUUUCAGGGAAACUCUACAGUUUGAAAACGAUAGAUAUCAGGUUACUUGGCCUUGGAGGGAUGAGUUUCCAGAUCUUCCAGAAAAUCGGGGAUUAGCAAAACAACCUGAGCUCUUGAAAAGAUAUGAUGAUGUUAUUAAAGAUCAGCUAGAAAAAGGAAUUAUUGAGAAAGUUGAUAGGGAGUUAAGUGACGGGUUAAGGCAUUACAUUCCACACCACGUUGUGAUCAAACCUGAAAAAAGUACGACAAAAAUGAGGAUAGUGUAUGAUGCCUCUGCAAAGACAUGA